UCACAUUUUCCUCUCUGCCUGGACACUUUGAGGGGUGAGAGAAAAGACGCGCAGGGAUCUAAUCAGAUCACAGAAGAAGAACCUGCUUCUGCCUUGCUCCAAACUUUGUGUUUGGAUCAGACUGAAGCAGGACUGAGAUACAGAGGGUGCAGAUCCUGUUCCUCAGAGGAGGAGGCAGAGAAAGGAAGGGAGAGAGUCUCUCUCCCCCCCUGAGCAGCUGAGGGGUGGCUCUUGGUGACAGGAAACGCAAGGCUGGCGAUGAGACCUGAGCGCUGAGUGGAGUAUGCUGCAGACGAUUUACGAGGGCGAGUCAAGUUUCUGCGUAACAGAGGGGCGCGUUGGACAGCAGCAGCUCCCCAACCAGAGCAAGAUGCACAACAUGAACAACUCAGUGGACAUUAAGCCAGACGUGCCGUUGGUUGUGGAGCCCCUGUCCCCUUUGGACCUGCGCACAGACCUGAGGAUGCUGGGGCCGGGUUCAGACCCCGGACUGUGGGAGAGGCAGCUCCAGCAGGAACUGCUCCUUAUUCAGAAACAGCAGCAGAUCCAGAAGCAGCUACUGAUCAGCGAGUUCCAGAAGCAGCACGAGAAGCUGACCCGUCAGCACCAGGCUCAGCUCCAGGAGCAUCUCAAGCUCCAGCAGGAGCUCCAGGCUAUGAAGCAGCAGCAGGAACUCGCUGAGAAGGAGCGCCGACUGGAGCAGCAGCAGCAACAGCAACAACAGAACCAGCAGGAAAAAGAGCAGGAGAGGCAUCGACGAGAGCACCAUGUCUCCAGCCUGAGCCUCAGGGGCAAGGAGCGCUCCAGAGAGAGUCUCACAGGUGCAGUGGCCAGCACAGAAGUGAAGCAGAAACUCCAAGAGUUUCUGUUAAACAAAUCUGCAAAGGAUCCUGUCACUAAUGGAGCCACUCACUCUUUUAUCCAACACUCAAAACUCUGGUACACGUCUUCUCACCACGCAUCCCUGGACCAAAGCUCUCCACCUCUGGGCGGCACGUCCCCCACCUGCCAGUAUACUCUGCCGUCACCAAUAGAGAGCAAGGACGACUUUCCCUUGAGGAAGACAGCAUCUGAGCCAAACCUAAAGGUACGAUCCAGACUGAAGCAGAAGGUGGCAGAGAGAAGAAGUAGCCCGAUGCUGAAGAGAAGAGAUGGAAACAUAAUUACCCCUUACAAGAAGAGGGCUUUAGAGCUUAUGGAUGCAGCUCCAACUAACAGCGCCCCUGGGUCUGGCCCCAGCUCUCCCAUAGGGGCCUCCAGUGCCUUGGGGGCUGAAAAUGGACCAUCCUCUCUGCCUACGACAACAAAAACUGAAAGGUGGCCUUCCCAGCCAAGAUUAUUCCGACCUGAGGGCUCCAUGUCCAUGCUGAGCUUGUACACAUCUCCAUCCUUACCAAACAUCUCCUUGGGGCUCUCCACAGCAUCCACACCAAUUAGUGCUGCCAUGUUAAAGGAGAAAUCAAUGGAAAUCAAACAUGGAUUGCCCGGGCACCUGCUGGGCCCUGUGCCACUUCAGACAGCCUUGGAGUCAAAGGUGAGCCCCAGUCACCAGGCUCUGCUCCAACACCUCCUCCAGAAGGAACAAAUCAGGCAGCAGAAGAUCAUCUCUUCUGGUCAAGGCUCCAUGUCCUCCCACACUCAAUCCCCGCUGGUUAUGAAGGAUCGUCCUCCCAGCAGUCGCCCUAAACUACCAAAACACAGACCCCUGAACAGAACCCAGUCGGCGCCUCUGCCUCAGAACACUUUGGCCCAACUGGUCAUUCAGCAGCAGCACCAGCAUUUCCUGGAGAAACAGAAACAGUACCAGCAGCAGGUCCACAUAAAUAAGCUGUUAUCCAAGUCCAUUGAGCAGUUGCGUCAGCCCAACGCACACCUGCAGGAAUCAGAGGAGGAGCAGGAAGAGCAGCAGCCCAAAGAGGAGAUAGAGAGCAUGCAGGAGGACAGGCUGCCCCCUGGAGGAGUCAUUCGGAAGCACACGCUUAGCAGCAGCGGCAGCUCCAGCAGCGAGCUCCCUGAUGCUCAUUGUGGGGUCAUCAAGGUCAAAGAGGAGCCAGCUGAUAGCGAGGAUGAGGCCCUGACUAAUCGGCGCCUGGAGUCCGAACAGAGCAUCUAUCUCCACCAGGUCAAAGGGAGGCUGGUGAUAAGAGCCAUGAUCUGAGGGAUGAGGAUGAGAUCACCCGCUCACAAACGAUCACAAACGUCUACACAUACACUCAUGCACGCACGUCAGACAUCGCACAGUAGACCAGCUCUGUCUCAACACGUGACCUCUUCUCACUCAGCUGCAGCCUCACCCAUCCUAUACUGUUAAGACUCUCUGUUUGUGGUCUUCGUGUUGUGAUCCCUGUAAAAUAUGUACGUUUUCUUGGUUGUAAAUAUGAAGACGAUUUAGAUCUUUCUUUUUAAUAGCCGCUUUGGUCACCCUGAGUCUGCUGAACUGACUAACCUGUAUGUACAUAAACUGUGGAUUUAGCAUCAACGGUGAUUUGUAGAGGGAAGCUUUAGCAGGUGUACAGCUUCGAUGAGCUAUGUUCUUUUCUGUACAUUUUUCCAUAAAAUAUUCAAAUAUUUUCAGUCUUUGCUUUUGUUAUGGAAACCGAAUUGUUUUUGUUUUUUCAUGAAAACCUGGGACAGCAUUCACCGUUCAGUGUUCUCACACCGGAAAUGUGGAAAAUCUGUCUUGGAAAGAAACACUUCAACUUCAACCCUAACAUGACAGAAACUUUUAUUGCAUUUGAAAUGAUAAAGCACUGAAUCCCCGCUUGGGUGUGCUGGCAUCUUCUUAACCCUCUCCUGCUCUCCAUCCCUUCCCCUUCUCGGCGCGAUCCAAGAGCCAGGUCCCUGCUUUGGGUCGAGUUCUUCUCCUCUUCUCCCUUCCCUCCUCCUCCUCCUCUCAGGGUCCAAAAUCAAAGCUUAACGGAGUUCCUGCCUAGCUUUCAGCAGAGGAGUCAGACAGGGAGAAAGAGAGAGGGUCGGGCAGGAAAUGCCUUUAAGAAGCCAGGAGUUGAUUCAUGUGUGCAGGAAUGCUGAGAGAGGAGGACCUAGUGUCGGAGGAGUCCAAGGGGCCAGGCUCGAGAAUUGAUUUACUGUCAAGACGAAUUACAAAGUGAGUGGGGAUAUGGUUAAGGGACUCCUAUUUUUUUUAAAGGGAAUCGCUUCCUUCGUAUUCCCCUGCGGCGUGCUUACCUCAGCACACAGGGUUGAUGUUACCUAAGGAAAAAAAAAAGAACAUGGAUGAGGACCCUUUAUUUUCCCUCUAGAAAGUGCCCAUUUCAACUUGUAUAGCCUGUCUUAAAACAAUCUGUUCAAUGUGUUGCAUAGUCACGAACCUUCCUGUUAUGUUAAAAGUGCUGUCGACUAAAUGUAAAGACGGAAAAAAAAAAAAAACCCAACUGUGAGGUUCCGUGUUUGGAAUCAUGUGAAAAA